GACGUACCUUCCUCGAGUAGAAGGUAACACUGUCGCUUCUUCUUUCUUCCCGAAGUUUCGAGGCGACCGAAACCCUCGUCCCAAUCGAUUCCACGUCUCUCGACAGGUUGGCCAAUCCCGUCUCUCCCAACGGUCUCGCACGCGUCUUUUCGGAUUCCCUAGAAAGGCCAAGGGCCGCGAGCUUACCCCUUCGAUUCGCCGAGAGCCCGAACGACAGGUGUUACGCCCGACCAAUCGGCCGGCAGGCCUGUCUUUCCUUUUUCGACACCGGGACGCGCGAUUGGUCCUGCGCCCAUUGUCCUCUCUCUCUCUCUCUCUCUCUCUCUCUCUCUCUCUCUCUCUUAUUCUCGGACAAAUCGCGCGGGAAGAAAAAAUCGCCUUUUCGAUACCUCUCUUACCUAGCGAGGUCGAACGCUUCCGUCAUUUUUCACGACGUAUCGCGACUUUCGCCUCUCGAAUCUUAUCGAACGUUAGACGCGUCUAUUCAAACGCAAUAUCUCGACUCUCCCCUUUCUUUGUCCUGUCAAAUUCACUCGCUAUCUCGCGUCCUUCGAACGAUCUUGAAGUUGGCGAUUGGAGAAUCAGCGGGAAAUUUCGAAAGAGCUCGACGACCGUAGCCGAUAUCGCGCCCAAAGUGUCGCACGCCGUCGUCUUUCCUUCCUUACCAUCCAGUUUUCUCCUUCCUUUUUCUUUCCUCGAAGGUGCGCCCGUAAACGCCCGUCACGCGCGAGAUAUUUCAUUCGUUCUGAUCCGAGGAGAAGCGAUCCAUGUUCGACGCUCGAUCGGCUCUCGAUUAGGAUCGACUUUUCCCCGUUACGUCGUUUCAAAUAUGAUCGUCGCAGUAACGACGUUUCGUCGACGUACCAAAGCCAUAACCUUUCUCGCUGCUCCCAACUGAGAACCGUCUCGCGUGAUCGUCCGUCGCGAAGUAACGUUUGCUCGCGAAGAACGAGCUAGGUUAUGAAGAGUUAAGGACGAUAGAAAAGUCGAGUCCCGAGCCUUCGCACGCCCGCGAUCCCGUCCGAAAGAAGCAUCUCGUAAAAAAUGAAUAUUCUUUGUGUCAUAUGUAGCGACUUGCUUACAAAACCCGACGAUAUUUUCUAUACGCGAUGCGGCCACGUCUUUCACUUCGAAUGCCUUACCCAGUGGCUCGAGAGGUCGAAAACUUGCCCGCAGUGCAGGGAAAGAGUAACGCACAGUCGUAUUCACAGAUUGUACGUGACUGUGUCGAACGAAACCACCGUCGAGAGUGAUCCUUACACGCAAGAUAAACUCGAGAGCCUCAAGUUUCAAAUUCUGUUGAAAGAAAAGGAUAUCAAUUAUUUCAUGUCCAAAAAUAGUACCCUGGAGAAACAAAACGCGGGCCUGAGAAGGGAGGUAAGGAAAUUGGAGAGCGAAACCAACGAGAAAAACUCUGCUAUGUACGCGCUGAAGGAACAGACCAAAUAUUUCAAGGAACAACUCUUGGGAUACGACGGCGCCAAGAAGGAAAUCGCGCAAUUGAAGAGAAAGCUCGAAGAACUUAGAAACAUACAAAUGUUGCUGGACGCGCCGAUGGGAGACGUCGAAGAUAUAGUCGGAAGGGAUAAAGAUCCUGCCACUCUUCUAACUUACAUAUCCGUCAUGAAAAAAGAGACUAUAUCUAAUUUGAGAAAGAUCAAAUGUCUAAAGAUCAAAGUGAAGAAUCUUCAAGACGAACACGCCAGGUUGACCAUGACGUCCGAUGGGCUUCCACGGUGCUAUUCCGAUAACAGACUGCUCCGAGAGUUUACGUAUUACAAAAACGAAAAGCUGGCGUUACAAGCGAGAGUCAACGAACUCGAAAAGAUUCUUGGUAUCGCGGAAGGUUCCAACCGCGUAGUCACGGGCAUACCGCAAAGCGUCAAAGAAAGAGACGAAGUGACGCAGGAAUGCUCGUCGGCGGGUGCUGCGUCGAAGAGAUCGGUUGCUAGGAAGAGGACGCAUACGAGUUCUUCUUCAGCGACAACGCGUAACAAAGAACACAUCGUAUCGAAGAGUAAUGUGGAACGGAACGAUGCGUCUCCUUCGCUCGUAGAAACGUUGGACGAUGAAAGCUUGGAAAACGAUUCCAAAUUGAAGAGCACGGACAGUGACAUUUCCAUAGUCUUGAAGAAAACUAGAUUGUCUAGAAUGCACGAAGAAACCAAUGAUAAGGACGAUAUGCAUUUUAAUGAUAGCAUUGAAAGUGUAUUACAUAAGUGUAAACAAGCUGAUGCAAGUACAAAUGCGGUCUCAAAAACACCUAAAGAAAAAGAUGUAAGAGUCGGAAGAGAAAAACCAAGUAAAACGAAACAUCAGAAAAGAGACGUUAUCGAUUUAACGUAACACUCUCUUGCACAUUCGUGAUUAAUCGUAAUAGUAUUCCUUAUUCGUCAUUUUUUUUAUAAUUGUAUUUUUCACUCUUGGUCGUCGUAACUAGUAAAUUGAAGAGUAUUCUGGCAAUGGAGACGGAUGCGCUCCGUUACGUUUCAUCGCGUUCAUACGUACCUUCAUACGUGCGUCACGUGCGCGUCUAUUUGCAUGAUAUGCGUAAGAGCAAAAGAGACUAUAAUACCUCUAUCAAUGAUAAUAUCGAAGAACAUAUAUUUUUCUUAUACAUCGUUGUUAAAUGAGAGGAAAUGCUGCGCCGACGAAAUCUUGAUUAUCUCGUUGCCAUGUAUACGUUUGGACAUUAAACUUAUGCCCUGCAAAAGAGACUCUA